CUCUCCGUCUUCUCCCUCCCACUUUGGGCUUCGGAGCAAGAGUGCCUCACUAGCAGCGCGCUCCUGUCUCUCUCUCUCUCUCUCUCUCUUCCUCUCUCCCCCCUCUCUCUCUUUUGCUCUCCCCUCUCUACCUCUGGCACUCUCUCUCUCUUACUCUCACUCAGUCAAAGGGGGGAUUCUCCGUAACCAGCUGUAGCUUAACGUGAUCCUACACUUCUCAUCAUCAUUUCAUUGAUGCUCUCUUGUUUUUUGUUUUUUGUUUUUUUUAAAUAUUUUAUCUUCUGAAUUAAAUUUCUCAGCUGCCGAUUCACGGCUGACAUCCAGUGUCUGGAUGCUACCAAGGUGCACAAAGGGUAGAGGGAAUGGAAGAGAACUUUUAAGGCUGCUGUACCUUUCUCUUGAAUCUAGACACUCUGGAUAGGUUUAUUUACUGUUGAGAGACUACUCAACAAUGGAGGGAUUUUUGUUAUAGUGGAUGACUCAUUUAGGUUAUUUUCCCCUCUGGAGGCUGCUGGAUAUAGAUUUUUUUUUUCCCUUUUGUUCCACCUGCGUGUUUCACCUCUCAGAUACUCUGUAGAAUCUGUUGGGACUUUUAUGGAGUGUGAAAUAUUUGCAGUAAGUGCGAAGUUUGGAGGAGCAAAGUGAGACAAAGCAUGGCUGAUGGAACUGCAGCUGAGUGUUGAACCCUUCUGUCCAGGGAGGCAGUUCAGACAUGACCACAAUGUCCAUGGAGCCUGUUGCAGUCCUCAUGGAAAGGGGCGCCAAUGCCACUGACCCCCCUCUGAACUCACAUGAGGACACAGCUGCCACCUUUACCAUCGGCACCAUCCUCUCCAUAAUGUGCCUCGUCGGAGUCUCUGGGAACAUCUACACCUUGGUGGUCAUGUGCCACUCCAUGAGGACUGCAGCUUCAAUGUACAUCUACAUCAUAAACUUAGCUUUGGCAGAUCUGCUGUAUCUUCUAACCAUCCCCUUUGUUGUCUGCACACACUUCCUGAAGGGAUGGUACUUUGGGAACACAGGGUGUCGAAUUCUGAUCAGCAUGGACUUCCUGACCAUGCAUGCCAGCAUCUUCACUCUGACAAUCAUGAGUACGGAACGCUACUUCGCAGUGCUCAAGCCACUUGACACAGUCAAGCGGUCUAAAAGUUACCGGAAGGCCAUCGCGCUGCUGGUCUGGGUAGCUUCUCUCAUCCUAACCCUACCAAUGAUUGUGAGCAUUCAGCUAAUGACAGUGGGCAACAAGGCCAUGUGUCAGCCCACCUUGUCCCCACUCUCCUACAAGAUUUACAUCUCCUUCCUGUUUUGCACUAGCAUUGUCGCUCCGGGACUGAUUAUUGGCUAUCUUUACACCCAGCUUGCACGCACUUAUUGGGUUUCACAGACAGAGAACUUCAAACAGACGAAGAAACUUCCUAACCAAAAGGUGCUGUACUUGAUCUUCACCAUUGUGCUCCUCUUCUGGGCAUGCUUUCUGCCAUUCUGGAUCUGGCAGCUGCUAGAUCAGUUCCACCCCCCGAUGUCCCUCUCCACCAAAGCAAAGCGCAACAUCAACUACCUGACCACCUGUCUGACAUACUCCAACAGCUGCAUCAACCCUUUCCUCUACACGCUGCUCACCAAGAACUACAAGGAGUAUCUAAGGAAGCACAAGCGCUCCUGGACGGCUGGCAGUUACUUCACCAGACGGAGUCGUUUUCAGCGCUCACCUCGCAGGUCGCCGUCUUCCAGCAGUCAGCAGUGUACUGAGAGCUUCAUGCUCACGCACACAGCCUCCCUGCGAGCUCAUAACAGCAGUUUGUGAGGUAUGAUAUGAGAGCUGUGCUGGCUGUGGAAGACGAAGGACAGGAAGAAGGACAGGAAGAACCUGUUGGAGAUGACACAAACAGUAGCAGACCCUGAGCGCCUCACCACCACAACUGUGAAAGAGGAUGAAAAAGAUGGAAGUUUCUUUUGUAUUUGCAGGUCAAUAUGUGUGGAAACAACAGCAUUGUAUAAACACCAGCGGGAACUGAAUGAGAAGCUGGCUGCUGCUGUUUAAGACGGUGUAUAAAAUAGACACCUUCCUGUGGCAUGGGGAGAAAGAUCAGUGUCUUACAUAACAAAAGGGAACUUUUCAAAUUUUAUGCUUUCUCAUAUGUUUACCCUCUGUCCUUCAUGUUGCAUUGUGUUGGCCUGCAUGUGUACGUGUCUCUAAAACUGUUAUUUCUUGGUGAUUGAGAGAAGAUACACAGUGACAACAAUGCAGUUGACGCACAAGAAGUAAGGACGACAUUAUAAAGGCAUUGGUUGUUUGAUUUUCAAAAAAGAAAUUAAAUUCUAUUAGUGUUACAGUAAUAUCAGUCAACCUGAAGUGAAAAGUGUGCAAUGUGAUAUGUUAAAUCCAUGAAAGAUGGAAAAGGGUUUCAGCUGUAGAAAAUGAUCACUCUAGGACGAUAUCGUGAAUGUCUUUUAACUGUUAAAAAAAGAGGUUUGAAAUUUUGGUAAAUAUCUUACUCACUUUCUUGUUGAGAGUUAAAUGAAAUGCUGGAUACCAAUUCCAUAUGUGUACUGUGAAUAUAAGACUGCAGUUAGUGGCUGGUUAGCUUAGUUUAGCACAGACUAGAAAAAGGAAGAAACAGCUAGCCUGUCCAGAGCUAACAAACUACACCUACCAGCAACUCUAAGCCUAAUUACCAUCAUACAACUCUGUUGUUUAACCUGUGCAAAAACUGAAGUGUAAAAAUGACACAUUGUAGUUGUUGGUAGGUGGAUUUUGUUAUCAGGCUAACCACCUCCCUGUUUCCAGUCAUUGUGCUAAGCUAACAGGCUGCUGGUAAUAGUAUCAUAUUUACGGUACAGACGUGAGAAUGAUGUUGAUUUUCUCAUCUCGCUUUUCCCAAAAUGUCAAACUAUUCCUUCAUAGGAAAGGCCUUCAACAGAAAACAGUUCUGAUUGAAAAAACACAGCCUUCUCAUUCAUUUGAAUGCAACCGCUGUGUUGCUAUGGCAAAACCCUUUAACCUGACUCAACUUUUGUUCUGUUUUCUGUCUAAACACCCGAUGAGGCUGGCAAUAUUCUGUAUGAUUCUCCUUCAACAAUCACUCAAUCACAUACACUGUCCUGCUGCCAGAUAUGCUCACUAUGGAGCACCAGAUACAUAUUAAUCUGCAGUUUCAACUGUAUUAUUAUUCAAAAAAAGAAACUACAUGUUCUUGAUUCAUUUUUAAAGAUUAACAGAUUUUAAGAUUGGGUGGAGUGCUACAGAAAAGCCGUAAAGUUUCAAAAGGUAAACUGACCCACUGUUAGUUUUGUUUUUUCCAGGGGAUUUUUUUUUGGGGGGGGGGUCAAUUUGGAGAAUACAGAAUAACUCCAGCCUUAACAUCAGUACAAAACUAGGUGUUCCUGUUUUUGAUCCAUGAGAACAUGAAAAACUUACUUACAUUACUGAAUAAAUUGUAAAAAGACUAAUCAAAAUUUAAUAUAUUGGUUGAGGAAAAAUAUCUCCAUAUAGAUAUUGUUGCUGAUGUACUUCCUCUGAUGUAUUUCAUUUGUUUACAGAUAUCUGAAUUCCUUUGCAUGUCGAUACUGUUACUUAAUGCUACUGUGCAACGCUAUCAACUUCUACAACAUCCCGACUAAACACUGGAAAAGCCAAAAGCGCUUUUGAUAUGUGUUUUCUCAGAUCUGUGAGGCUCCUCUGAGGUUUCUAUUGUCUUCUCAGGCCAGCCUGAUCACAUUGUGGUUUCAGCUCUGAUACAAGAAAGGAUACAAAGAGCGUGAGCAGAGUUGCAGGUAGGAACCAAGCUGUUACAUCUCUAUUGAUUCAACUCCCAGAACAGCGGCAGACAAGCUGCAAACAUUGCCUGGCUGAUGCAUAUUUAACCAAGCUAUCCUCUGAAGAAAUCUUGUUCUUGGAUUUGGGAGGUUUUGUAUGCAAGAGCUUGAAAAUGGGAGAAAUUUACACAGAUCUGACCGUGGGAUUUGAAGAUGUUCAAAAGGCUUUUAUAGAUGUUGCCUGCUGGCUUUGUAUACAUGUACACUGUAUAUAGGUUCAUGAGAAAUCAAUAUGCUAAUGCAUGGCAGAGUAAAGCCAGAUUUCAUACCCUGUGAUUGAGUCUCCCAUGUCAUAAACAAACCGACUGGCCACAGAUAGAACUGCCUGCAAGCCAAAAAGCAUGACAAGAUUUGGUUGCUUUCUAUCCUCUGACUGAGCAGUAGGUUACUUGGAAGACAUGAGACAGAAGUGAUAAUCCUGUAUAAUAGUGUAACGGUCCUGGGCCCCAUUCCUUGCAUUUGAAUAACUGAGCUACAGAUUUUAAAUCGUGCAAGUUCAACACAGAAAAUUUGGUUGUAUUUUCUGCCUGCACUGUCACACAUGGUACGCAACAUGUAUAGAGUUCAAUUCAGCUGCUUCUAGAUGUAAGUUAUUGUCUGCUUAAUCUUGUAUAAUAGUUAAGGGGCCACUCGACCAUUUUUACACAUCGAGAUCAGUUUACUUGUUAUUAAGAGAACUGCUCAGCCUGUGAAACAGUUGUAUAAUGUGUUCUGUUGGAGAGAGCUUUCAAAAGUCUGAACCAAUAAACCUGAUGAUUUCAUCAGCGUUAUCUCAGCUUGGGCUUCAAAUUCUUCCUAGAUUACAAGCAAGGGGCAAAGAGCUUGAAAUACUUAAAAGAAAGAAGGUCUGACAAAUGGUAACUAGGGAAUCUAGCAUUUUUGGCUCUCAACCCAUACUGGGACUAAAAGGAUAUCUGGGCUUCUGUUCCUUUAGAUUUUUUGUUAAGUCAUCCAACCAUACUACUCUGUUGGAGUGCCCCUUUAAUUAUCAUAUAUGAUUGACUUAUCUGAUUCAAUGGACCAAAAAUACUUACAUAAUACUUCAGUCAAACCUCUCAGGUGUGUUUAGGUCAAUUUACUGUCAAACAACCCUUGAGACCUCUCAGUCAGUCUGAAAAACAGUCCGUCGCUACAAAUAUACUACCAAAUAUGCAAGACUGCAUCAGAAAGCUGUCAGACAACAAGGACUGAGAGAAAAGCAUGCCAGGGUAUUUCACCUCAGGCUGAAUUAAAUGGUUUUUGACAGCUAGGAGGAAAAAGAUCAAAACUGUGGUUAAACCAACCUUAUACAUCCAGCAAUGCUAUCAUUUCAUUGGAGUACUUUCUGGCUACCUGAAGAAUGUUAGUCUAAUAUUCUCUGACUUUAUGAGUCCUCAGCCAAAUUUUGGGUCUUUACAUGCUACAUGUUCAAGUUUCAGGGACUCAUUUGCUUUAAUUCUGUUACUUGUUGUGGAGCAGGUACCAUUCUCUGUCAAAGCUUGUGUUCAGGCAAAGUUGCAUACAAAGUUAAUGAUGCAAUUGAAUGUAAAUUCACCUAGGGCGGCAUGGAUUUCUGCAAAGACGCAUAGUUGAAAAUGUUUCAACUACAGUGAAAAAUUCAAGCAAAUCUUGGGGCUCUAUGAAUCUACUUCAUAAAUGUACAGAGACAAUAGGACACAUCAUUGCUAGCUUACAACUAACAUCUGCACACUGAGUGUGUUGACUCUUUGGAGCAAAUAAACACAAAUGGUCAAAUUCAUGUAAACGACACAAGGCAAAAAAUUCACUUUGCUUUCUCCGUGAGCACCUUAAUAUAAAAUUAUGAGCUGUUGAUGAGAGAGACUCAAUCAUAUUACAUUGGCCAAAAAACCAAAACAGUAAGCUGAAAGUAACUAAAUGUUGCAUUGCACUACAGAGUUGGUUGUUGAUAGUAAGUAAGUUAAUUAAACUGAAAGUCACCUGCUGUCAAUCCAAUUCCAUUCAAACCUAAAAAUAUUUACUCUUAAAAGGGCCAAUCUAGGGAAAUCAGGUUUAAUCAGAACUAUCACCCAAAGCACAGCCUGGUUAACCCGCUUGUAUAGUUUAUAUAUUGCUAUCAAAUCAUACUUUGAAUACAUGAAUUAAAGGGUUAAGAAUAGACUUCUUCAUGCAUGUUAAUGUAGCCACUUGGGACAGUCAUCUUGUAAGCUGUUAUACUGUAGCCAGCCAUUCUUUAGCACACUGCGUAAAUCUCCACCUGCUUAAUUAGGCUGUGUUUUGAUAAAAUAAGGGAUCACACACACACACACACACACACAGAGUCCAGUCAUGAGGGGUUUGUUUGUCCUUGGCCGUUGUAUUUAUCUUUAAUUGCAUUCUCUCUGUGGGUGACAUAACACCUGGAGCUACAUUAUAGUGCUAAACUGACGCUGUUAUCCUGUUAUUCUCUGACAACUGAAGACAACGAGUGAUGUAAAUUAUGUGCACUCUUAUUAAAAAAAUGUUUGACCUCUCUGA